CGCAUUACGACAGCUGUACCGUAAUGAGUUUCUGGCCCUUUUUUCGAACAGUGCAUCCCUCUCGUCCCCCUCGACUGUCAUCAGAACCACGACAUGCGCACGACGACGAAGACUAAAUCAAACCCCUGAUUGCGUCGACAUCAUCUCCCAUUUUUGACCGAAAAACCGAAGUUCAGCAAUUGAAGUUUGAAAGAUACGAUACCUACCUAGUGUGACGGCCCCCCCCCAUCGAAACGAACGAUCGUCUUAGUCGACACACCCGAGAUGGAAUCCCAACAGCAGCAAGAUGCGCCGGGCUCCCUGAGCUGGCGGUUGAGCUCGCAUCCCAUCACCCUCUUGACCUUUCUUGCAUUUCGGAUAUCAAGUGUACUCGUGUACUUCCUCGGCCUGUGGAUCAUCAGAAGCAUGAUCAUGAUCUUCAUCAUCACCAUCCUCCUCCUCGCCGCCGACUUUUACUACCUCAAGAACAUUGCCGGCCGCCGACUCGUGGGACUGCGGUGGUGGAACGAGGUGGACGUGCAGACGGGCGACUCGCAGUGGGUCUUUGAGAGCAGCGAGCCCGGCACCAAGACGAUCAACCCGACCGACAGCCGCUUCUUCUGGCUCGCGCUCUACGUCCAGCCCGUCCUCUGGAUCCUGCUCGCCGUCUUCGCGCUCGUGAGGUUGCAGUUCCUGUGGCUGCCGCUCGUUGUCAUCGCCUUGGUCCUAACCAUCAUGAACGCCAUGGCCUUUUCGAGAUGCGACAAGUUCAGCCACGCGUCCAACAUGGCCGGAAGUGCCCUGUACUCUGGCGGUCUGGCAGGAAGCAUCGCGACCGGCAUGGUCGGCCGCCUCUUCAACCGCGGUUAAAGUCGCAUACACCCCUUUGGGGUCAAGACCACGAUCCUUG